AGACGGCUUAUAGUUAGUAUGCCCGUUUUAUCUUCUGGUGAUGUUGAUGCCUUACCAGCACUCCACGUGUAAAUCUCUUUUUUAAAAAUUGCUGCCAUUACUGGACGAAGCGGCAUCGUUGAACUGCUCAUACAAAAUCUUGAGAAACGACGGCUUUCGAGAGGACCUAUCGUCGUUUUUCUAAAAGAUGGAGAAGUCGUCUUUUAAAAUAUCGUGUCGUGGACCUUUUCAUCAAUAAAACGAUGAAGCAUACAAAAGUCAGGUCUUUCCCGCCAAAACGAGGGGAAUUUAACAAGAACCUGGUGGCAGCGAGGGAACGAGAGAGAGUCUAUCUGAUCGAUCGCUAUGUAUGGAAGUAAAGGAGAAAGCACCAGCCGGAAGAAGCACCACCGCCCGAUGACCGAUGCAAGCAACAGUAUGGAAAUCCUGGCCGUUUAUUUUCCGACGAAUGAUUUCUCCGUUGACGAGGACAAGCUGAUGCUGAUAUCUGAUCUCAUCCACUUCUUCUCCACAUCUCUAGGACAAGAUCUCGCUUCUCAGGUGAAGGAAGAGAAUGGCGCCUUCUUUUUGCCGAUUGACUUUGAACAAUUUCGAAAAAUAUGUGAUGUUGAGGAAUUUUAUGUGAUUUUAGAAGAGAAGCCUAAAGUAGCUCUCUCUUGCCUGGGCGCUGCAGUUCACAAGGUGCUUUCAACUAAAUGCGAGGAGAAUAUUUUACAGGUUGGCGCGAAGAUUAACAUCCGUCUUCACAACUACCCUGAAUCAAUGAUUGCUCUGAAAAACCUAAAAGCAGCAUAUAUUGAUAAGCUUGUGUCUGUGCGAGGGACAGUAGUAAAAGUUAGCACAGUUAGGCCUUUGGUGGUACAAAUGAGUUUUGAUUGUGAAAAGUGUAAAUCUAACAUCGCACGCAUAUUUCCUGAUGGAAAAUUUUCACCACCAACUAUUUGUAACUUAAACGGAUGCAAAAGUAGAACUUUUCAUCCCAUUCGAUCUUCUGCUCAAGCCGUAGAUUUUCAGAAAAUAAGGAUACAGGAAUUACUAAGGUCUGAAGAUCAUGAAGAAGGGCGAGUUCCUCGGACAGUGGAAUGUGAACUGACUGAAGAUCUUGUUGAUGCAUGCAUCCCUGGGGAUGUGGUAACUGUCACUGGAAUUAUAAGAACAAUAAACAAUUAUGUGGAUAUUGGAGGAGGAAAAUUGAAAGGCAAAAAUCAAGGAUUUUACUAUUUGUACCUGGAAGGAGUUUCCAUAAAAAAUUCCAAGUCACAAUCUACUUCUUUUGAUUUUCAAGAUUCCAAGUCUAAUGCUAGAGCUACAGAGCUGUCUGAUUUGUUCUCAUUUUCUCCAAGGGAUUUGGAAUUCAUUGUGAAGUUUUCUGAAGAAUAUGGUUCUGAUAUUUUCCGUCAAAUAAUUCAAUCUAUCUGUCCUUCAAUCUAUGGACAUGAACUUGUCAAAGCUGGAAUAACAUUAGCACUGUUUGGAGGUGUACGCAAGCAUUCAAUGGAUCAGAAUAAGGUUCCAGUUAGAGGAGAUAUCCACGUCAUAAUUGUUGGUGAUCCUGGACUAGGCAAGAGUCAAUUACUUCAAGCAGCAGCAGCUGUUUCUCCACGUGGCAUUUAUGUGUGUGGCAAUGGUACAACCAAUGCUGGCCUCACUGUUGCAGUGGUGAAGGAUUCCAUGACAAGUGACUAUGCGUUUGAGGCUGGUGCAAUGGUGCUAGCAGACAGUGGAUUGUGUUGUAUUGACGAAUUUGAUAAAAUGUCUGCAGAACAUCAGGCUCUUCUGGAAGCCAUGGAACAACAAUGUGUGUCUGUUGCAAAGGCUGGCAUGCUAGCAAGUUUAUCAGCACGAACUUCUGUUUUAGCAGCGGCAAACCCUGCUGGUGGUCAUUAUAAUCGAGCAAAGACAGUGAAUGAAAACUUGAAAAUGAGUGCUGCUCUUCUCUCACGAUUUGAUUUGGUAUUCAUAUUACUCGAUAAUCCUGAUGAAGUACUGGACAAACGAGUCUCAGACCACAUAAUGUCACUUCAUGCUGGAUAUGGAGAACAAGCACCAGCAGCAAAAAAGCUACGGAUAGCAUCACAGAACAAUGGGAGCAUAGAUAUGAGUGUAAGAAGUGGUUCUUUAAUUUCAAGGCUGAGACUUGAACCAAAUAAGGAUGCUGAUUUUGCUCCUCUGCCUGGUCCACUUCUUCGGAAGUAUAUUGCUUAUGCAAGAACUUACGUAUUUCCUAGGAUGUCAAGACCAGCAGCGGAAAUCUUACAGAAGUUCUAUUUACGCCUUAGAGACCAUAAUACUUCAGCUGAUGGUACACCAAUAACAGCAAGGCAACUGGAAAGUCUAGUGAGGCUUGCCGAGGCUCGGGCUCGGCUAGAAUUGAGAGAAGAAAUAACAGCACAAGAUGCAAUGGAUUCUGAAGCUUAUGUCAACGCUCUGUUGCGGGAUGUUGUUGAAAUAAUGAAAGAAUCCCUAUAUGAUAAAUAUGUAGAUGAACAUGGUGUUGUGGAUUUUGCUCGGAGUGGUGGAAUGAGUCAACAGAAAGAAGCUAAACGGUUUCUAAGUGCCCUCAGUAAGCAGUCAGAGUUGCAGCAGAAAGACACAUUUUCAAUUUCUGAGAUAUACAGUUUGGCAGAUAGGAUUGGCUUAAGAGUUCCAGAUAUCGACACAUUUGUUGACAACUUAAACAGUGUCGGUUAUCUACUUAAGAAGGGACCAAAGACAUUUCAGGUGCUAACAUCGUCUUAUACACGGAGUCAAUCUUCAAGGUCAAGGGGUUGAAAUUCUUUGAAAAACUGGUAAAACUUCCUCUGUGUUGUGUUUAAAUAUCUCAUCAAACUAUUCCCAGGGAAUCCUGACUGUAUAACCACAAAACAAGGCCACUACGUGUAAAAGGUUGUAUUAACUUGACUUUUAACAUGAAUCAAUUCUGAAUAGUCAUUUUGCCUGAA